AUGGAACACGACCACGUAAUCACCAUCGACAUGGGGAAGCCAGAGUACAGCCAGGCCUCCCCAAACAUGACCCCAAGUGUGUCACCACCACAAUCCGACGAUGGACGAACCCAGAAGCCCGCAUACGCAGCAUCUAACAAAUCCUGCUUCGUCUGCCGCAAGACGCUCUUGCUGAGCUACUUCAGCUGCUGCGCCGUGUGCCUCGGCGUCGUUGAGUACCAGCUCUCGCAGAAAAGGGGCAGGCCAGCCCGGGACACGCUCCCCACCAGCGAGACAUCGAACGCCUCAUCCUCCUCGCCAUCCUCAUCCACGUACUCACUCCCAACCACCAAGUACGGGCCCCAACAUAACACCACCACUACUACUACCACCACCGCCAUCAUCCAAGACCCCUCCUCCCACAACCCAACACCGCCACCGCACUGCGACAGCCCGUACUGCCGGUACACGCACCACCGCCCGCUAAUGCUGCUCUUCGCGGCCUGCGAGCUAGUUCCGUCGGCCGGCGGUCUCGCGGUGCUGGCGGCGGCGCUGAGCCGGCGCGACUUCGCGCUGCUGCGGUUCGCGGGCGUGCUGCUGCUGCAGUGGUGGCAGAUCUUCGUGCUGCCGCGCCGGUGGGCGUGCGGCCGCUCCAUCGUCGCCGGACAGCUCGCCGCCUGCUGCUUCAUGGUCUGGUUCUACGUCGACGCGGCCCGCUCCUGGCGCUGGUAGGAGCCCCUCGCCGUCAGCACCGUGUUGUUGAAGAUCGUGUUUCCUUGGUAAUGUAGCUUUGGUUUCGGGUUGGGGUUGGGGUUUGGGGUUGCUUGGAACCGGAACUGGGACUGGAGUUGGGAUUGGAACCGUGACUGUAACGUCACCAUGGAUAUGGCUAUAAGAAAUGGCGGGUGGGGAUACCCAGUGCUUUGCGGAAGGGGCGUGAAUAUGAUAGAAAAGGGGGUGCGUAGGCGUUGGGCGUUAUAAGACGGGUUUCGUUACCGGUGUUGUAUUUUUUCGAACAG